UGAGCUCCUCCAUAUUUAUCCUGACGUGGGCGCUGGGUAAAAGCUUGCCUUUGCCACUUUAUAUGUGAUCGAUCAUCUUCUGACGCUGACGAAAUCUAAUGAACGUACGCGUUCAAGCUGCGAUUUUGGUUUGGAUUUUGAAGGAUAAGAUCGAUGGAGAUGAAGGCGAUCAAUAGCAGCAUGACCACGAGCAUCAGCACGACCAGGGGAGGAGGAGGAGGAGCAGCAACAACAACAGCCGCCGGAAUCACAUAUUGGCUUGCGGAGCACCCGGCGAUCGUCGGAUUCCGGUGGAGCCACGCCCACUCCUUCGGGUCCACCUGGUCCUUCCUCGUAGAGUUCCUAAUCCUUAACGCCCUCGCCGCCGCCUCCCUCAACCUCCUCCUCCGCCUCCUUCGCAUCCACCAACCCCUCCCUCUCGGCCCUCUUCUCGCCAUCCACUCCUUCGCCAUGUCCCUUUCCUCCGCAGCCAUCUUUCUCGGCAUGCUCCUCUCCGUCGCCGCCGAGAUCCGCGACACCCGCUGGUCCUGGGGCGGCCGCUCCGCCACCACCCCGCUCCGCUGGCUCCUCUGCUUCCCGCCAGGCACCCGCCCCUCUGGCCGCGUCUUCUUCUGGUCCUACGCCUUCUACCUCUCCCGGUUCCUCCAUCUCCUCCGCACCUUCCUCCACAUCCUCCGCCGUCGCCGCCGCACCCUCGCCGGCGUCUUUCGCCACUCCGCCCGCCUCUGCAUGUCCUUCCUCUGGCUGGAGUUCUCGCAGUCGUUUCAAGUCGUCGUCAUACUCUGCUCCACUCUGGCGCAGGCCGUCGUCUUCGGCCACCGGUUCUGGGUCGGCGUCGGGCUGCCGGCGGCCUCCCGGAGCGGACCGUUACUGAUGCUGGCCUUCCAGGCCACGCUCACCGGCUGCAACCUCGUCUGCGACCUCGCCGUGCUCCUCCUCCACUUCGCUAAGGGCGGCGGGUGCAACGGCAUCGGCGCGUGGGUCUUCAACUCCAUCCUCAACGCUGUUCUCCUCCUCCUCUUCGUCGACAAGACGACAGACGAGGUCUUGGAGGAAAACGGCGCCGCCCGCCAUAAGAAACAAUAUACUUGUCAAUAACUGCCAUGAAAGCUCAAAAACAGGGAGCUCAAUUCCUUGAGUUAUUCUUCUGCAAAGUUGUUUAUAAUCUUUUCUUUUUCUGCUUCAAUCUUCAAAGAAGAACCCUUUUUUUCUCUCUUACAAA